UUUCCCCUGGAUGCUACACAUUGCAUAUGAUGUACAAGUUUGCAUAUGAAAAUGAAAUGGCUGAUCCAAGCAUUUCUUGUGUAUCUGUACUUUGCAACAGGAGCCCUUAUGCGCGUCACUGAUAUUCCGUGUGCUCUGGAAUAAAUGAAUAAACCUGUUGUAGAAAUGAUGGGCACAUUUGUCUUCUAAGCAAUUCCCUCAUUAAUAAACAUAACCACACAUAGCAGCACCUCUGCUGUGUGCCCUCCAGUGAGCUUAACUCAAGUGGGAUUAUGUGAAUCAUAUUAAAUAUGCAAAAAUUUGGAUUAUUAACAAAAGCAGCUGAAAAGGUAAAUCUGCAAUCCUGAAAUAUGCUCAGAAAAAAACAAACAAAACAACAAAAAAAACAAUGAAAAGUGUUACAAUGAAAAAGUAAAACAGUUUUACACUGAUAGUUGUUUACACUGUAUUAUGUGGCUUCUAUCUUAAUGUUAUGCAGUAGAACUAAUGUUUUGUCGAUUUUCAGGUGUGACAGGUCUGGGACACUGAUGGAACGCCACUCCUUGGCUUUAUUUUCUGGUAAAGACAAUGAGCUGGAUUUUGUUAAGGUUGCUGGCAAAAGUUUUGGCAUCAACGAAGGAGUUGACGCUUUAAAACGGGAAUGUCUAUCAGGUGAAUAUGAGAAAUCCAUCUGCCAAGAAAGAAAAGAUGAGUUGAGGAUCAACAGUAAGCUUGACAGUGACUAUGAAAUCUCAACGUCAAACAAAGUGAACCAACUAAACCAUGACUUCCAGAAGAUUUUGGAAGUGAGGCAGAGGAGGAAAAUGAGUCAGAUCUCUGAGCACAAACGACAGCCAGCACCUGAGAUAGUGUCUGAUAUUGUUGAUGAAGAUGACUUUCUGAAAGCAGUAGUGGACAACAAAUUACCAAUGGUUGAGAGUUAUCUCGCCAGGCGUGCGGACCCAAACACAUGUGAUAGUUUCAAGUGCACAGUUCUUCACAGAGCGUGCUCUCAGGGGAAUGUGGAGAUUGUGAGGAGACUGUUGGAAACUGGGGCUUUAAUUGAAAACAAGGAUAAGCUUGACGCGACAGCUGUUCACUGGGCCUGCCGUGGAGGAAGCCUGCCUGUUCUCGAGCUGCUCCUCAACCACAAAGGCAACAUCCAUGCCAAAGACAAGCUCCAGAGUACUCCUCUUCAUGUGGCAGUGAGGACAGGUCACUAUGAAUGUGCUGAACAUCUCAUUCACUGUGGUGCCGACAUCAACGCAAAAGACAGAGAGGGAGAUACGCCAAUGCAUGAUGCCGUACGGCUGAACAGAUUCAAAUUUAUCCAGCUGCUACUGUUGCAUGGGGCCAAUCUGAAACUGAAGAACUAUGAGGGUAAAUCACCCAUGGACAGCGUUUUGCAGUGGCAGAAUGGAGCUAAAACUAUCCUAGACAACUAUAAGCACAAUAAAAACGAACAGUAAACGGGAGACGCAGCAACAAGCUGUACAACAUUGUUGAGCAGAAACUGAUCUCCAUACAUGAACAGAAAGUGAUACUUUUAGGUGGGCUGGUGAUAUACAAGUUGGGAUGGUAAGCAAACUUGUUGAAGGAAAUAAGUGAAAAUAUGAAAUAUUUUAUAAGGGUAUUGGAAAGCAGUGAAAUAUAAUGACUUAUUAUUCGACUAAUAGUUGCAGGCAGACUGAAAAGAAAUGCUAUAGAAAUAUAUUGUUUGCAGUACAGUUUUUUUUUUUUGGCAGUAUGCCUGACUACAAGUUAAUGGCAUUUUUAAUUGCUGAGGAUUUCUCUAAAGCCUAACAAACCAAAAUUGGACUUAGAAUGUGUGCCUUUUUGAUAGUGCCAUAUAUACAUCCUGUCCACUUUAAUAGGAAUACCUGUACACUUGCUCAUUUAUGCAGCUAUCCAAAAGCCAAUAAUGUGGCAGCAGCACAAUGCAUAAAAUCAUGCAGAUACAGGUCAAGAGCUUCAGUGAAUGUUCACAUCAAACAUCAGAAUGAAGACAAAAUGUGAUCUUGAAGGUGAAAGUGCUAAAGCAUUCACUCAGUCACUGGACAGCUGAAGACUGGAUUGACAGGUGAUCCCCCCCUCCCUUUUCAGCUGUCCUGUUUGGGUGGGUCUGUACCCAUGAUAGCCUCAGAUUCUCGUUCUUUGCUGACAGGAGUGGAACCCAAUGUGGUCUUCUGCUGUUGUAGCUCACCCACCUCAAGAUUCGAUGUUUUGUGGAUGCUGAGAUUCUUUUCUGCUCACCACAGUUGUAAAGAGUGAUUAUACAGUAUGAGUUACCAUUUUUCUGUCACCACUUUAAUCAACAGGGCAUUUUGACAAACAGAACUGUUGCUCACUGAACUUUCUUUUUUUUUUUUUGCUGUUCGCUCCAUUCUGUGCAAACUCUAGAGACUGAUGCGUGAAAUUCCCAGGAGAUCAACAGUUUCUAAAAUACUCAAACCAGCCUAUCUGGCACCAACAAGCAUGUUAUGGUUAAAGUCACACCCAAACAGGACAGCUGAAAAGGGGGGGGGGAUCACCUGUCAAUCCAGUCUUCAGCUGUCCAGUGACUGAGUGAAUGCUUUAGCACUUUCACCUUCAAGAUCACAUUUUGUUCCUCAUUCUGAUGUUUGACAUGAACAUUUAUUGAAGCUCUUGACCUGUAUCUGCAUGAUUUUAUGCAUUGUGCCGCUGCCAUACAAUUGGCUAAUUGGAAACCUGCAUAAAUGACCAGGUGUUCCUAUUAAAGUGGACAGUGCAUGUAUUUUCAAUAAUGAUUUAAU